CGUAGGAAGCUAACCGGUUCAAGAAAAAUAAAUGGAUAGAAAACGAAACAUUCAAGUGCAAGCCUUUAACACGCUAAAUCCGCUUUUCGUCUCUCGACACUGAAUCUGAGUGAUAUCAUAAAGCAGAUCCAACCAUGUCGCUCCAGUUUGUGUAUAGCAACCAGGACUUUGUCGCAGAUGUGCAUCGGUGCAAUGGCAACAGACUUGGAUCACCGGCGACAGAGUUUGACGCGACCGUCCAAGCCGGCUGGACAGACAGGAUGACCAGGGGGCUCUUCCGCUACCAUCUGGGGGAUCUACAAACACGCAUCCUGCUGGGUCCGCAUGGCUUUGUGGCCCAGCUGAACAUUGAAAGAGGAACAGAGAGAAGAAAGCCUCAAGAGAUACUUAGUAUUCAACAGGAGUUCAAUGGCAAGCAGUUUAAUUUUAACAAAAUCAAUCCAGAAGAAAUCAUAGUUGAGAUGAUAAAGGAGGUUGAGGGAGGAAAUGAAAAGAGAGCGUUGCAUGAACUCUGUAGGAUGGUCGUGCUGGUCAAUGUCAGCCCUUUAGAGUUUGGCCAUUGUCUCCUUGUUCCAGAUCCUUCAAGCUGUUUCCCACAGGUCAUGACACAUUUUGCCAUCCAGGCUGGUAUUGAAUCUGUGCUCCUGAGCUCCGAUCCUGGCUUCCGUGUGGGGUUCAAUAGUCUGGGAGCAUUUGCGUCUGUCAAUCAUUUACACCUACAUGGGUAUUACCUGGACCAUGAGCUCAAGGUAGAAUCAAGGCCAGCCAAGCCUCUGGUUCCUGAAAAGGGCUUUUAUCGCUUGAUGGACUUUCCUGCAGGCUUUUUGUUUUACACAGAAUCCGAGAGGGUGGAGAAAGUUGCCGAAGCCAUCUGUCAAGUCACGGACUUUCUCGUCGACCGUAAUAUUGCACACAAUCUGUUCGUGACGAGGGGAUGCCCACCGUGUGAUCGCCCACAGAACGAAAAAGAUCACUGUUCAAGGAAAGGUGUUCGUAUCGCUGUCUGGCCGAGAACAGCGUGCUUCGGUGCCAAAGAGGAAUCUGCCUUCAAUGUUGCUCUCUGUGAGCUCGCUGGACAUUUACCAUUUAAGAACAAGAAGGACUAUGAGUUAAUUACUGAGAAAGACGUAAUAGAUAUCAUCCAGAGAUAUCUUCUGCCCGAUUCAGAGUUUCACAUGUUGGAACAGCAGCUUACUCGUCAUUUGAUGGAUGUAUAGCGUUUGGACGUUAAAGCCUUUUAAAAUCCUGUGCUGGAGUUUAAAUCAACUAGUUUAGAAGCUACACAUUCACAAUGUGUUUCGGCUUUUAGUGACGUCAAUCAAGAAAAUGUGUAUCUUUACACUGUAUUAUGCUUUGGGGGCUAAACUGAAUAUUUCCUGCAUCUGGCCCAAAUGUAACUUUGGAUAUGCACAGAAAUACCUUCUGAGAUAAAUAUAUUUAUCAGUGAGAAUAUAUUAAUGUGCUCAAGGAUGUGCUGCAUUAAAAUCGGUUUAAAAUCAAAUGGCAAAAGCAUUUUAUUUGAAAUUGUAAAUGUUUUUGUAUUUAUUGUGAGUUGUGUAUAGGAAGAAAGUCCCCAAUUUGGCUUGUCAAAAUAAAGUGUUGCUGUUUAA